CCGUGUUGAAGUCAGCGAUUGUUCACGAUAUCUCCGGACUGCUGUGGAGCUAUAGCAAUUGACAUAUUCCAGGGCCUAACAACAGCCUCUAUACAGGCUGAACAACAGGCUGACAACAUGGCCGCGCACGACCAUCCUCUGGUGCCGGCCUCUACGGCCUCGUCAAUCGCGCCCUCGCAGUCCUCCCCCUCCCCCUCCCCGAGCCCAUCGCUCUCGGGCCUCGACACCCAAGCCGCCCAGCAGCUCAUAAUCGCAGACGAUGCCGAACUCGGGGAAGCUCUCGCCGGAAUCCCCGAGCAUCCCCGCGCGGCCAAGCUGGGCGUGACCUCAGCCGUGUUCCUCAUCCUCAACAAAAUGAUAGGCACCGGUAUCUUUUCGACCCCGUCAGGCGUGCUCCUCGCCUCUGGCUCUGUUGGCGCUUCAAUUCUGCUAUGGGUCGCCGGCGGUAUACUCUCGCUCACCGGACUAUCGGUCUUUCUUGAGUUUGGCCUCGGAAUCCCCAAAAACGGCGGCGAGAAAAACUAUCUCGAGCGCGUAUAUCAGAAACCAAAGUAUCUCAUCACCUGCAUCUUUCUCGGCCAGAUGAUUCUGCUCGGCUUCUCAGCCGGCAACUCGCUCGCAUUCGGCCGCUACAUGCUCUUUGCCGCAGGCAUCGACUAUCCGUCCGAGCAUGCUUCGCGAAUCGUCGCCGUCAUCUGCAUCACCUCUGUCGUGCUUCUCCACGGUCUGCACCCCGCCGCCGGCACUGCGCUCUUCAACGGCCUCGGUCUCUUCAAAGUUCUUGUUUUACUGCUCGUCGUCUUCACCGGCAUCUUUGCUCUCAUGGGCUGGAUCCCGCAUGUCGAAGACCCGGGCAACUUCACAAACAUGUUUGAAAACUCCGGCUUCGGCGGCGGCACAUACAACUACGCCACCGCGCUCCUGCGCAUCGUCUACUCCUACCGCGGCUGGGAAAACGCAAACUACGUGAUUUCCGAGCUCGACAACCCGCGCCGGACGCUCGCCGUCGCGGCCCCGCUCGCCAUCGGCGGCGUCAUGGUGCUCUACGUUCUCGCAAACGUCGCGUACUUUGCGGUGAUCCCCAAGGCCGAGGUCGCGCACUCGGGCGUCAUCGUCGCCGGUCUCUUUUUCAGACGCGUGUUUGGCGACUCUGCGGGCGCUAGACUUUUACCCUUUUUUGUCGCGCUGUCGAAUCUCGGAAACGUGCUCGUCGUCUCGUUUGCGCACGCGAGAGUGAACUGCGAGUUUGGCAAAGAGGGGAUCUUGCCGUACUCCAAGUUUUUCGCAAAAGUCUCCCCUCUGGGUGCGCCAAUCGCGGGACUGUUCCUGCAUUGGAUCGUGACUGUGCUUGUCCUGAUUGUUCCUCCGCCAGGCGAAGCAUACGAGUUCAUCAUCGAUCUCAACACGUACCCUUCAGCCUGGAUCAACGCGUUGGUCGCCGGUGGCCUGAUCUACCUGCAGUACAGCAAGACCGAAAACUGGAGCUCUCCCUUCCGCUCCUACCUGCCAAUCACACUCGCCUACCUUUUCUCGAAUUUCUUCCUCAUGUAUCUUCCCCUAGUCAGUCCCCCAGGCCGGACAGACCACCCUGGCGUCACGAUCGCGGUGUUUGGCAUGGGCUGCUUAUUUCUCGGCGCAGUCUAUUGGGUCGUGUGGAGUAUAAUCAUGCCGGCGUUGGGCGAGUAUAGGAUCGUUGAGGAGUUUGUGACGGACGAGGAUGGAAACGAAAGUGUACGAUACACUAGAGUGUCAAAACGAAUUGCAUUAGCGUAGCGUGGAGUUUGUUUCUUUAUCUUGAGUAUUUUGCGCAUGGGUAAAUAGGUUUUAUAGAGAUUAAAUAAUACAUAGAUUA